CGGUACUUCCUCUUGAAUCAUGGGACUCGAAAAAAGUUCGGUUCUUUUCUCUCCGUGCCCACUUUGUCUUGCUCUCCGGCAACCGACCCAAAUACCCAUUUGAAUUCUGGCUUCUGGGUUUUUACCAGAACCCCAUGGAUGAACCUCUGAUUUCGUAUUUUAGCCCCAGGAAGAAACUAACUCCGCCACCUCCGUUGUUGUUUCCACUUCCGGAGAAUGAUGAAAUUUCUCGUCAUAUUCCAAUAGCCUCAUCACCGGCGUUGAAGGAAAGGAUCAUUUUUGGCGCUUCUUUUUCUCCAACCGAAGAAUCACCUCCAUCUCCCCUUCUUGAUGCCUUGACACUGUCUCUUAAUUCACCUAGACCGUCUUGUUCCUCUUCUCAGGAAAAAUUGAUUAAUAUUGAAGACCCACUUCUGCAGCAACAACAGCAAACCCAAUUGCAGAGUUCGCCUCAGAGUUCUUGGUUAGUCGACCCGAAUUGCAAAUGGACCAAGAGUAAUCUUCACAGGUCGAAAACCGCGCCUGCCAUGGCUGUGAUUAAUGAAUUGACCGGUCACCCUGCAAUUCCCAAGCCUGAAUUUGGUUCACAAUCAAUUGUAAGACAAGCUUUUGUUCUUCUGGUCGUAUAUUUGUCACUGGGUGUGAUUAUAUACUGGUGUAAUCGUAAUAAAUUCUUGGGUAAUGAGACACACCCUGUUGUUGAUGCAUUGUAUUUUUGUAUUGUGACAAUGUGCACGAUUGGAUAUGGUGAUAUAACCCCUAACAGUGCUGCUACAAAGUUGUUUUCUAUACUGUUUGUGUUGGUUGGUUUUGGGUUUAUUGAUAUACUGCUUAGUGGGAUGGUAAGCUAUAUGCUUGAUUUGCAAGAGAAUUAUUUGUUGAAAACUGUUAAGGAUGAAGCUGGUAAAAAGCAUCCCAAAUCAUAUAUAGUUGAUGUGAAGAAAGGAAGGAUGAGGAUAAGAAUGAAGGUGGGAUUGGCGUUAGGUGUUGUGGUUCUUUGCAUUGGAAUUGGUGUUGGAGUUAUGCAUUUUGUUGAGAAACUUGGCUGGUUGGAUGCUUUCUACCUUUCAGUCAUGUCAGUUACAACAGUUGGUUAUGGUGAUAGAGCAUUUAAGACAAUGCCUGGUCGAAUCUUUGCUGCUAUAUGGUUGCUUGUGUCUACCCUUGCUGUUGCUCGAGCAUUUCUGUAUUUGGCUGAGGCUAGAGUGGACAAACGGCAUAGGAGCAUGGCUAAAUGGGUACUUGGUCAGGAUAUGACUAUCUCAGAAUUUCUUGCUGCGGAUAUUGAUAACAAUGGCUUUGUAAGUAAAUCAGAAUAUGUCAUAUACAAGCUGAAGGAGAUGGGAAAGGUGUCGGAAAAGGACGUCCUGCAGAUCUGUCAGAAGUUUGACAAACUUGAUGCUGGCAACUGUGGAAAAAUAACUCUGGUCGACCUUAUGGAGUCAUCAACAAGAGGCAAGUGAAGAUAUGGCUAGGUUGGAUUGUACCCAUCUGAAUCUAAGAGGUUCGUGUGAACUUCAAUCCCUGGUCAGUUGGUCCUCCUCAUGGUUUUGCCCUUUUGAUAGACAGACCACUCAAUCUUACAUGCAUCUUAUCCACUAGAAAGCAUCGACCAAUGUAUUAUUUAGCAACUGUACACAUCUUUGGUCUGAUGCAGGAGAUGGUUGGACAGAGUCUGCUUAGGGUGUCAAUGUUUUUAUGCAAAAACUCUUAGCAUACAUAAAUUGCAUUAUUCUUCCUAAGAUCCUCCAAUCGUCCUGCUUUGUUAUUUCGUACAUAUAGAAUGUAAAUUCUUAUCAAUCAUAAAAUCACCAUAAAGCUCUCCUGUCUCUCUACUCUUGAUUGAUCUGAUUUUUCCCAGUGCACAGAAUUUGGACUAUGCUCAACAGGGUUAACCCUCCAUGUUUCGAAGUACCUCCACAGAAGUCUCUUGAAAAAGGAGCAUCUAGUUCUUGUUGGCCCAUUCAUGGUCAGUGUAGUGUAAUACAUUCAAGGAUCUGGU